UUGACCUAAUUAGCUACCUGACACGGUUUGAGUGGGACAUGGCCAAAUAUCCCAUAAAGCAGCCACUGAAGAAUAUAUCAGAAGCUUUAUCAAAGCAAGUGACUCAGAUAGAAGCAGACCUAAAGACCCGAUCGGCUGCAUACAACAACAUUAAAGGAAAUUUGCAAAGCCUGGAGAAGAAAACUAUGGGAAAUCUGCUGACUCGAACCCUAGCAGACAUUGUGCAUAAAGAGGACUUUGUUCUGAAUUCUGAAUAUCUUAUCACGCUGCUCGUUGUGGUGCCAAAGUCAAGCUACAUACAGUGGCAGAAGACCUACGAAUCACUCUCCGAUAUGGUAGUGCCUCGCUCCACCAAGAUGAUUGCUGAGGAUGCAGAGGGAGGACUCUUCACUGUGACUCUCUUUAGAAAAGUGAUGGAUGACUUCAAGGCUAAAGCCAGGGAGAACAGGUUCAUGGUUCGAGAAUUUUAUUUUGAUGAGAAGGAGCUGAAAUGUGAAAAGGAAGAGCUGAUGAAAUUAGCGUCCGAUAAGAAACAACAAUAUGGCCCGUUGCUGCGCUGGCUGAAAGUGAACUUCAGUGAAGCGUUUGUGGCUUGGAUUCACGUGAAAGCCUUGAGGGUUUUUGUUGAAUCCGUCCUGAGGUACGGCCUCCCAGUGAAUUUCCAAGCAAUGCUGCUGCAGCCAAAUAGGAAGUCGGUAAAACGCCUGAGAGACGUCCUAAAUGUGGUCUUCAAACACCUGGAUGAAGUUGCAGCAGCAAGUAUAAUGGAUCCUGGCAUGGACAUCCCUGGUUUACAGCUGAGUAAUCAAGAAUACUAUCCUUAUGUCUAUUUCAAAAUUGAUCUCAGUCUCCUUGACUGA